ACCGUCGGCUUGUUGUCUUCACAUGAAAAUGAAGUUCACCGCCUGUUCCCGUCGGCGGCGAGCUAUGACCCAUGGAUGUCGUUUCCGCCUUUCGCUUACAGACAGCAGCCAAGCGGAUGCGCUUCUUCCCUCUGAUGCGGUCCCAUUUUAUGGAUUCUGAUAUGGACUAUGAGAGGCCAAAUGUCGAGACCAUCAAGUGUGUGGUUGUCGGGGACAACGCAGUGGGAAAGACCCGGCUCAUCUGCGCCCGGGCUUGUAACGCCACGCUGACCCAGUACCAGCUCCUCGCCACACAUGUUCCCACUGUCUGGGCUAUAGACCAAUACAGAGUCUGCCAGGAGGUGUGUUUCUCCAACCAGGUUCUAGAGCGAUCUAGGGACGUGGUGGAUGAUGUCAGCGUGUCCUUGCGGCUCUGGGACACGUUCGGGGAUCAUCACAAGGACCGUCGUUUUGCUUACGGACGGUCUGAUGUGGUGGUGCUGUGUUUCUCAAUCGCCAACCCGAACUCGCUGCACCAUGUGAGGACCAUGUGGUACCCUGAAAUCAAACACUUCUGCCCCAGAGCUCCUGUCAUCCUUGUGGGCUGCCAGCUGGACCUGAGAUACGCUGACCUCGAGGCAGUGAACAGAGCGCGGCGCCCGCUGGCGAGGCCCAUAAAAUCCAACGAGAUCUUGCCGCCAGAGAAGGGUCGUGAAGUAGCAAAAGAGCUCGGGGUCCCGUAUUACGAGACCAGUGUGGUCGCCCAGUUUGGUAUCAAAGACGUAUUUGACAACGCUAUCCGUGCCGCCCUGAUAUCACGCCGUCACCUGCAGUUCUGGAAGUCGCACUUGCGUAACGUCCAGCGGCCUCUUCUCCAAGCCCCGUUCCUCCCUCCCAAACCUCCUCCACCCAUCAUCACAGUGCCACCUCCCCCCAGCAGCAUGGAAGAGCACCCAGGGCGUCUACUGGAGGACCCUCUGUGCGCCGACGUCGUCCUCGUGCUCCAGGAGAGCCAAAGAAUCUUUGCUCACCGCGUCUACCUCGCCACGGCCUCAUCCAAAUUCUACGAUCUUUUCCUGGUCGACCAUCGGACUCCUGAGGAGAAAAAAGAGAGAGAUCGUGCCCGGGUGCCUCUUUCCGGCCGCGAGCUGCUGAUGAGAGCGGCCAGCUUUGACGUUUGCGAGAGCAGCGACGAAAGGGAGAGGGCGAACCUACGCGCCUGCACCAGCGACGGGACGCUUAGAGGAGGCGAAGGAGGUCGUCUGCUCCCGGCAUUCAGCCGAGCCUUCGUCAGCGUGCGGGAGGAAAUGGUGGACGAUCCCUCGACUUUUAACUCCAGGCCAAUGACUGUGGUGCACAUGGACCCGUCCAUGCAGCUGGGGCCGUUCAGGGCGGUUUUGCGCUAUCUCUAUACGGGGAAGCUGGAUGAGCAUGAGAAGGAACUGAUGCAGGUGGCUCACAUCGCUGAGCUGCUGGAGGUUUUCGAUCUCCGCAUGAUGGUGGCCAACAUCCUGAAUGAUGAAGCUUUCAUGAACCAGGAGAUCACCAAGGCCUUCCAUGUGAGGCGGACCAACCGGAUCAAGGAGUGCCUAGCUAAGGGAACCUUCUCUGAUGUGGUGUUCAAGCUGGAUGACGGUACUAUAAUGGCCCAUAAACCUUUGCUCAUUUCAAGCUGCGACUGGAUGGCAGCCAUGUUUGGAGGACCGUUCGUGGAGAGCUGUACUAAAGAGGUUUUGUUUCCAAACACGACCCGGAGCUGCAUGCGGGCAGUGCUGGAGUAUCUCUACACGGGCCGGUUCUGUUCUCGUCCAGACCUGGACGCCAUGGAGCUCAUUGUUCUUGCAAACCGUCUCUGUCUGCCUCACCUGGUUGCACUGACAGAGCUGUACACUGUGACUGUGCUUAUGGAGGCUGCUAUGAUGGGAGCUGAUAUUGAUGGAGAAGUACUGGUUUAUCUGGAAAUGGCUCAGUUCCAUGGUGCCCACCAGUUAGCUGGAUGGUGCCUCCACCACAUCUGCACUAAUUACAACAGCGUCUGCCGCAAGUUCCCUCGUGACAUGAAGGCUAAAUCCGCAGAGAACCAGGAAUACUUCGAGAAGCAUCGCUGGCCCCCGGUGUGGUACCUCAAGGAGGACGAUCAUUACCAGCGAGCUCGUAAAGAGCGGGAGAAAGAGGACUACCUGUACCAGAAGCGCCAGUGUAAACGCAAGUGGCUCUUGUGGAACCUUCCAUCCUCCCCCUCGUCCAACUCCCCGUCCUCUCCCGGGUCCUCUGCUGUCAUGUGAUUUAAUCAAGACCUAUUGAUCUGACCUUAACUGGAAAUGCAGGCAUCAGCAGAGACAGCCAUUUCAACAACCACAAAAAAAUAUAUAUACAGGCGAUAUCUUCUACUAAAUUACUACGCAGGAAUCAAAACAUAUUAAAAAAAAAACCCAGGAAGGUGAGCCAGAGAUUGUAGGACUCUUUUUUUUUUUUGUUGUUGUUUUGUUUUGUUUUUGUUUUUGUUUUUUUAAUCCCUCGGCUGUUCGGACAAGACCCAGCAGAUGAAACAGUUCUCGGUCUCGGUUCCUCAAAUGGCAGAUCUUGUAUUUACAGUAGUGGGAUUUCAUUUUCCUCUUCCCCCUCCCUCUGCCAGUACUACGGUGAUGUGCUGCAUGGACGAGUUAAACUGGGCUUUUCCCCAGUGGCACGACCGUGUAGUUUGGGAUCGAAUGACCUAUUGGCUCGUCCUGCUCUUGCGGAAGGGUAAUAGUACCCAACGGCCCUGACUGUGACUUCAACAGCGAACUGUUUCUCAUUUUUUACGAUGAUCAUUCAGAAAAGGGCUCGCAUUUUUCCUCGUCCUGUUUGGACCCUGUCUCUCUCUCUUUCUCUCUUUCUCCUUUUCUCCUAGCAAAAUCAGAGGUUGAUGACGAUUAUAGCCUUGUACACAACACACCCGUUAUUCAGAGCGCUAAAGGAAAAACAGUAAAAAAGCUCUGAAUACUCACCACUGUUCCUAAUCGCAAAGACCUCAAAAAUUCUCAGCUCCAAGAUUCAGACUUCUUGUGUGGGCACUUAGUAAAAUCUUAACCUCUACUUUACUUUAAGAAUGCUUACCCUCCGUCUUAAGAGAUGUCCCGCUGCACAAGCUUACUCCUUGUUGAUGCUCCUGAGAACCGGCAACAUCGUUAUGGUUAGAGCUAGCGUAUGAGCUAAACUCUGCGAAGCGGUAGAUCUCCAAGAAGAGGGCUCAUUCCUCUGCUUUAUUUUGUGAACACUGCACGUCACAAUCGCUCUCAGAUUGGUUAGCAUAAGAUAUUUACACAAUAGGCUCAUGGGCAGGCCCAUGACUAGGCCAUUUCGUAUUAGAAUGUAUUUGCUAAAAGUAUUACUGUUUAGUGUAGAGAGCACAUAAUGCUCAUGUCUUGGUCGUUUAAAGUUUAAGAGCUCUGUAGAGUGUAGAAUAUAACGCAAGCAAAAAAAAAAAAAAAAAAAAAAAGGUCCUCGUACGGAGUAGCGCUAAACAGCGAGGAGUUUACAGAAUGUGAAAUGCCACUAAGUUAAACCAAGCUUUUUUAAUAGAACGCUGUUUACAUCGCUUCAUUGGAACCUGUAUGAGAUGGAGAUCCUGCAAGCAUGAUGCAUAUUAAGCAGUUUCCAAUACAAAAAAGAUUAUUAUUAAUUCACGGCUUUUAUUCCUAGCGCUAACUGAUCUGCUCAUGACGCUGAUCGUCUAGUAUGGAGAACCGAAAGGGCGGAUAAUCGUUCGAAUAGUUAUUAUUGGUGUGAAUGUGAAAAGUCACAGUAGGCUAAGGAUGGCUAUAUAAUUCGAUCCCUCCAUGAUUUUGCGAUUGCAGAAAUGAACAAAGCCAAACAAACCUUUGGAGAAGCUUGCAAGAUUUCAAAGUCAACCUAGAUUUUCCGCGGAUUUGGAAAAGACGUCUUUCGAUUCGAAGUUUUCAAAGAAAUCCUGUUCUUGCAAUUUACACCGAAUCAGUUAGCAAAAUAGCACAAAAAUACAAUUAAGCCCAAGCAUUUUUGGCUACAACAGUCACAUAAAUACAUAAAUAGUGAAUUCCUGGAGGGACUGGUAUAUAGUAUCUAAUAAUAAAGUGAGUGGCCUUUGCAGUGUCUGUCAGAGUUAUAUAGUGAAAUAUUGUUUUAUUACUUCAGAAGAUGAACGAGUAGAGGUUGUAUUUAGCGAAUGGCGUUACUGAUUUCGAGAAAUCAAGGUGUGUAGGCACCAGCACAAAACCUCGUUCACAUCAACAGUCCAUCAGUUUUUGGAAAGCAAAGUCAAGAUUUUUCCAUCAGAGUCAAUCAGUUUGUGCCAAGAAUCAAAUAAACCAAGUUCAAUGCCUUUUUUUUUUCUAGGUCUAAGAGAUAAAUUCAGGAAACACUGGACUUAACUAUCUGUUCCAACCCAGGUUAUCUCCUACUAGCCUUUAGACUUCAUUACUUUAGGCUAUAACUGGUCUGUGAUCCAACAUCUGGGCUUGAUAGCUAAUAUCUGCAACUCAAACCAGAUGUUGGCAUUUGUGAAUGUAUACAAUAACCACCCAGCAUAUUUCCUCAUCUAGAACUCUGUUCCUGUAUAGCACAGGUGUCAAAUAACACAUUUAAAUCGAUUUAGAGGAAAGUUUGUGAUUGCAGAGGUAUUCGGCCCCUAUCGGUGUAAUUUUAGUUUUGUAUUUUUAAAAUAAAUUGUAAUAUAAUAAGCACAUUGUCAGUAUUUAAGGUUACUGUGUGUAUAGCUCUGUUUUGCCCCCUAAUGGACUAACAGAUCUUUUUCAGGACUGUUCAGGGCCACAAGACUAUUUUCGAACAGUAUGUUUGACAUCACUGCUCUAUAGUCAGGUUACUCUGAUUUUAACCGACUGGAGGGGGAAAAAAAAAGAAAGAAAAAUCCCCUCGACUGAGAAAUCGUCAACUCUGGAUGGUCUUCUAAACCCCCGAGUUCAGCAAGUAGCAUCAAAUCAUGAGUAAGAAGUACACCAAUCAGGCAUAACAUUCUGAAGUGAAUAACGCUGAUGAUCUCCUCAUCAUGGCACCUGUUAGUGGGUGGGAUAUAUUAGGCAGCAAGUGAACAUUUUGUCCUCAAAGUUGAUGUGUUAGAAGCAGUCUGCAGUGGUCAGUAUCUAUCAAAAGUAUCCUUUAAGUUCUGUAAGUUGCAAGGUGGGGCCUCCAUGGACACCUUGCAGCUUACAGGACUUACAGGAUCUGCUGCUAACAUCUUAGUGCCAGAUACCACAUCGCACUUUUAGGGAUCUAGGGGAGUCCAUGCCUCGAGGGGUCAGGGCUGUUGUGGCAGGUGGUCAUAAUGUUAUGCCUGAACGGUGUAGAACAUCUAAAGAACAUAAACACUUGUAUAAGGUAAGACAAAUUAGCUCGUUAAAUGUGUUUAUUAUUGCAUAUAUAGAUCACAGUUUGUGUGAUAGCAAAAGACAAACACGGAGGAAUCGAAAUCGAUGUAUUUCCGACUAGCGUUGAAUGUAGCGUUAAACUGCACAGUAGUAUUUAGACAGAGAAACUUCUCUAUUAAGAACCCCCGACCUCAAAGUACUGGUACAGAUGGAACACUAAAAGCUACACAAGAUAGCACUCCUUAGAUCCACCCUAAGGAAUCGUUAUUCAUCACAGGGCAAGACUCAUUCAAAAUAAAUCAGUCCUGAAGCUCGGUUUUGGAUUUAAAAAGAAAGACUUGUAUUCGAUUUAUGUCUCCCCCCCCCCAGUGUUUUAGAAAUGUAUUAAACUGUUUUGAAACUUCUAAACAUGAGCUAAAGCUGAGGCACGAGGGUGGAGUUAAAGAUUAGAUUCUUCUGAAGGUCAAGGAACUGUGGAGCUAUGAGAGAUAUCAACCUCAAAGUUCAGAUUUAUAGAAAUAGAAGAAAGCGGUUAGGCUUGUGCGAGGACACAAAUGGACUUCAUUACCCAUCACAUUUAUGUCUAUAUUUCACCGGACGUCCAUUCGCGAUGGUGACCACCAAAAAAAAAAAAAAAACCCAGAAUCAUUUCUUUCAAAAUGUAUUUUUUGAUAGGAAAACGUCUCAUCAAAUCUUCCCAGCUCUGUUAUCACAUAACUCCAUCUGGUUCCGUGUUAUCUCAUUCAAAUACACUUGUCUGCUGUAAUAUAGGUGGUAAUAGAGGCGAGGAUUCACCGAUACAUCAUGUGUGUGUGUAUAUAUAUAUUUUUUAAAAAAGAAGAAGAAGAAAGUGUUAGAGCUGCCUGUUCGGUUAGGGCUCUGUGAUUGUAACAGAAAUCAACUGUUGUUGUUAUUAUGAUCGAUAUUGUGCUUGUGAUGUCUUAAUGUGCUAAACAGCGAAGUGACGUUUUAUGAGAAAUCCUUAACUGUCUUACAGGAGCUGGAUUUUAUUCACCUUAAUGUGUGAUUAAUUCUGGGGGGUGAAUCAUUUACGGAUUUAACAAUACAGACUGAAACUGUACAGAGUUAAGCAUCACAAUAUAUAUUCAUAAAUAUUUUUUAAUCAUUUUAGAAUUUUUUUUUUUUUUUUUUUUUUUUAGCAUAUGAUACUUUGCUGCUGUCCAAUGGAAACUUUUCUUUUUUUUUUUUUUCUUUCUUUCUUUUUCUUUUCUUUUUUUAAAACGAGAUUUCAAUGAAUUUUAGACUUUCAGCUGUUCCUUUUCCAGAUCCUUUCUAAGCUAUUUGCUGUUUAUGUACUAACAAAACGAAAUGCAACAAUCAAAGGGGGGGGGGGGGGGAUGAUGUUUUCGUGGGACGGCAAUGCUUUUUAGACAAAAAAAACCCAAAAAAAAAACAUUUAGGAAUUUCUCAGUAAGUCUGCUGAAUCCAUAUCUGCUGCUGCAGUCGAGACACCUCAUGCCUUAAUGUAAAUGAUUCUCUUUGACAGUAAAGGGUUCUUUUCACUCGAUACUGUACGUGUUUGUACUGAAACAUGGUGAAACUAUACUAUACGUACCGACACAUGCUGCACACUGUAUAUCUGUUCAUCAUGUACUAGUGUCCGUACUACCAUACAUGUGGGACGUAGUGUGUGUUGACUGCUUUAUUAGCCAGCUUUAUUUCCAACAAGAAAAAGGCUGUGUGGGGGAAAAAAUGAAAUCAGCUGUUGUGAUGCCAUUGUAGCCUUUAAGGCCUUAGAAAAUUCGCUAAUGCAGUUUGCUGCUUCAUCCACCCCCCAUGACAGCCCAUGGCCCAUAAAUUCAAUGCAGGGAAUUCCUCUUCUAAAUUGUCUUUCAUUAUUUUACAGAUUCAAUGAAAUGCUAUUGAAGACUCGAUAGAUGCUGCUAUAUAUAUAUAUAUAUAUAUAUAUAUAUAUAUAUAUAUAUAGUCGUGCAGGUAACGGGAGUGUGUUAAGACUAGAAAACCUGUUAUGUGCAUGUACUUUCUGAAUGAAUGUUCAGCUUUAGAUUUAGAAUUAGAACAGUAAAAAAAACACACAUAUAGCUGACAGCUGAGCACUAUGCAGUAUAAUCUAGGCUAAUGUGCUAUACGAUACAUUGCACUCCGAUGCGGUUUUAGACUCUAAGGCACGCUUCGACUACGACUAUCGAUUGGAUUUCCAACCAGAACGUGUAAAAAAAAAAAAAAAAAGAGCAAAAUCCUGGAAAUGUUUCCCGUGUUCUCGGUGCUAACAUACCACCGCUGCGAAGAAGCACAAACCAAAGGGAGUACAAGCGCACCCCCAAGAGAUGUGUUUUUGCUGCACAAUCACAACUAGCUGCUCUGUCCAGGAGUCACCGAUGUUCAGUGGUUGAAUACAAAACUUGAAUGUUUUCUCAGUAUUAGCAAA